UUCAUAGACGAGGCGACAGGCGACAGACAGUGGCAAUUCAAUCAGUGCCUGCUUCUAUUACCCAACAACAUACCGACACCACCAGACAGCAACGAUCAAAGCCAUUCAUUCUGAAAAAUGUGGCUUGGUUGUGAACAGUGAAGAAUCUCGUGGGAUUGAAUUCCUUCACAAGUUUGGAAUAUUAUAUUGCGAUCUCUUGAAUACUGAUGCAUUCAUUUGAGUCUCUGCCAAACACUGCUGCUGGAAAUUAAAAACAUGGCAGACCCCACAAUUCAGACCUUCUGCUGCCAUCGGUCAAAUCGUACCGACGAAGUUGGCCUGCUCUAUGAGUUCAAUUCUCCCACCUAUAACACCGUGUGCGCCGUUUCCUCGGCAAUCGGAGUCUGCGGUGCCAUUUACCAGCUGCUGCCGAGGCAGGAGCUGCAGAAGGCGUCCAGCCGAUGGGUGCCGUUUACGAUUACCCGCGGCCGCCGAAUCAUCAUGUGGUUGGCCGUGGCCGACUUGCUCGCCUCUCUUGGCGUCUUCGUCCGAUCUCUUCUGUGGAUCAGCAACCAAACUCUGAUUCCGUCUGUAGGAAGUGAUUCUAGUCUCAUCUUUUGUUUUCUCACCUCGGCAUGGAUCGAGUAUUUCUACAUGUGCACCUGGCUGUGGACGCUGUGCUACGCAAUCGACGUGCGGCAAGUUUACAAAGAAAGGUCUUGCAACUUGUGGUUGUACCACUUGUUUGCGUGGUCAGUGCCCGCCGCCCUUACCUCCACAGGCCUCUCCAUUCUCUACGUCCCGAAAGAAAAUUGCCACAGCCUUGAAUCAAAUGCGUAUCUCCGAAUCUUGCCCAACUACUGUGCAACCUAUUUGCCGAUUGCUGCCGUGAUGAUUGUCAACCCAAUUUUGUAUGCUGCAACCUCGAAGGACGUCACCAUGCAGGCUGCUAGGGUGCUUGGCCAGAUUACUAGCAGGGAGCGUUCGUACGUGGGUGCGGUGCGGUUCAAGUUCUUCGCGAUCAACGCCGCCUUCUACGUGUGCUGGCUGCCGAACCUGAUCAACGGGCUGCUGCUGUGGACACUGUGGUUCAACCUGCCGGUCCACGUGCUCACCGGCCUUUGGUACAUCAUGGCGGUAACGAACCCGAUGCAGGCGCUGCUCAACAGCCUCGUCUACCGCCGCUGGAACGGCCAGCCGCAGCGUCUGCGUCUGCCCUGCCGCUCCCAGGAGGCCGAGGAGGUGUCACUGAACGAGGAAACGCCCCUGCUGCUCAGCCCUGAGUCGUUCAGGUCGAGCAAAAACACCUCCAUCAACGGCUGCACCGCCACCUGAGCUGGAAUUCGAUUCAAUUGGCAAAAUGUAGCCCUUUGAGAUUGGCUGCCCAGUCUUUGGACCAAAUUGAGACUGAACCUGAUUUUGGCUUUUUGUCAAUCCCCCAGCCAAAGUUUUGGAAGUAUUUUCGUGUUAAGAUUAAGAGUUUUCAGAUCUUAUUUAUCGUUUGUGAAUGAAUUGGUUUUUUGGUUUUGUUGCAGAUUUUUACGCUGUUGUUAUUUCUAUAAUUCGGUUCAUUUAUUGCAGCUGUUAUUUUUCCCUAUCAGAGUAAAAUAUAAAUUGCAUGUCCCUCCACCAAAUAUUUUAACAAAGGCUUUAUAUGAAUAUGUUCGAUUAUUUUUAUAAAUUGGUCGUUCAAUUAGACCUUAAUCACAAAUCAAAAUCAGCUUGGAUUUAAAAUAUGAACAAUCUUAUUUCUUGUAGGGAUUAAAUAGGAAAAAAUAAAAGCCUGUUUAAUACAGCCAUUUAAAAAAAUAGGUGAAAUAUAAACAAAUUAUAGCAAUUAAUUUAAGGAUAUCCAAGCCUUCCUCCGUCUAAAAAUAUCAGAAGUUCAAUAUUUGUGCCUAUCGUAAAUUUAGUGUCAAAAACGGUAAAAAUUCUCAACACUGCAAGUUUGUGAAAAUCGCUGGGAGAUUCACGACCUUGAAUUUUGUUCUUUGUUUUUUAAUCACGCUUAUUGCCUUUGCAUCACAUGGAUUUUGCUAUCCAGACUUAAUAACUGCCUUGCCAACAGAAAAAUAAUUUUAAACAAAUCUGUAUUCUCUCUAAUUUUGUAUCUACCUGUAUCACGCUUCAGUAUUAACAAGUAUUUCAAACUAACGUUGAAUUAAUGUUUCGUAUUACACUCUGGGUGCUAUAUUUUAACAAACACUUUGAAUAAAUUUCAAAUCUGCUAUGCAGAACAGCAAUAAAACUGUGUACUUACAGUUAAUGUCUAUUUUCAAUAAAAUUUGCUCAAAAUUUUAAUCAGAAA